CAGGCACUCUCAGUCUCCGCUGGAAAGAGGAGCUGGGAGGAUGUGCGCUCUGUUACCGCAGCUCCCCACGGCACGCCGAGAAAACAGCGAGAAAUAAGGGAAGAAAGGGCGAACUGAGAGACGAGGAACCCUCCCGGACCGAGCCGACGGGCCACGCGGGGGAAGGAGCCUGCUUAUCGCCCGUCCGAAGCCCCACGCCGCUUUGAAAGUGCCGGAGAUUUGGGCCUUUUCCUUUCCUCCUGCGUCGUUCCCUUCCACAGAAGCUUUCCGCCUCCCUGUGCUUUUCCUCGCCUCCCCCGCGCCUUCCUGCCGGUGGAUAUGGACAGAAGGGCGAUCACUGCAGAGCAGCAGCAGCCGCCAGAACAUAUUUGAGCCCGUGGAGCUCGGAGCGUGGCACGGACUUUUUGUAUUGCUGUGGGUGGUGUGUGUGUGUGUGUGUGAGAGUGAGUGAGUGAGUGUGUGUGUGUAUGUGGAGGUGUGGGAGGCGGGAUUGCUUUGCCUGGGGGGCUGGCUGAGGGGCUGAGUGCUCGGAUGAAGACCUCUUUUUGCCGUGACUCUGUGCUCCAUCGGGGCAGCUUGGAGACUUGGAGGGCUUGAGGCUGUAACGAAGCAAGAGGAAAGAAAAAACGAAGAGAGAGAUACGCAUACAAAAGGAUUUAUUUCCUAUUCGUUAGUGGAUUGUUAAACCUGAGUGGGAAGGAGAAAAGAACAAGGAAACUAAAAAAUGGAGACUGUAAGUAGAAGCAGCUUCCAGCCACAUCCAGGACUGCAGAAGACCUUGGAACAGUUUCAUCUGAGCUCUAUGAGCUCCCUGGGUGGCCCUGCUGCUUUCUCAGCACGAUGGGCACAGGAGAUGUACAAGAAGGACAAUGGCAAAGACCCAGCGGAACCUGUACUGCAUCUGCCCCCUAUCCAGCCUCCUCCGGUGAUGCCUGGUCCCUUCUUCAUGCCCUCGGACAGAUCUACGGAGAGGUGCGAGACCAUCCUGGAAGGGGAAACCAUCUCCUGCUUCGUGGUGGGUGGAGAAAAGCGGCUUUGCUUGCCCCAGAUCCUGAACUCUGUGCUCAGGGACUUCUCCCUGCAGCAGAUUAAUUCGGUGUGUGACGAGCUACAUAUUUACUGCUCCAGAUGUACUGCUGACCAGCUGGAAAUCCUCAAAGUCAUGGGCAUCCUGCCCUUCUCUGCUCCUUCCUGCGGGCUCAUCACUAAAACUGAUGCUGAGAGGCUUUGUAACGCCUUGCUUUAUGGUGGCACCUAUCCUCCCCACUGCAAGAAGGAAUUCUCUAGCACAAUUGAGCUGGAGCUUACAGAGAAGAGCUUCAAGGUGUAUCAUGAGUGCUUUGGGAAGUGUAAGGGACUCUUGGUGCCAGAGCUUUACAGUAACCCCAGCGCAGCCUGCAUCCAGUGCUUGGACUGCAGGCUUAUGUAUCCACCUCACAAAUUCGUGGUCCACUCUCACAAAUCGCUGGAAAACAGGACUUGCCACUGGGGCUUUGACUCUGCAAACUGGAGAUCCUAUAUCCUCCUCAGCCAGGAUUACACUGGGAAAGAGGAGAAAGCUAGACUGGGUCAGCUCUUAGAUGAAAUGAAAGAAAAAUUUGACUAUAACAACAAAUACAAGAGGAAAGCCCCCAGGGUCUCCUCAGAUCCUCCUGCUUCCAAAAAGCCCAAAAUAGAUGACUCUGCUUCCCAAUCUCCAGCUUCUACUGAGAAGGAAAAACAGUCCAGUUGGUUACGGUCCUUAUCCAGCUCAUCUAAUAAGAGCAUCGGCUGUGUCCAUCCCCGCCAGCGGCUCUCCGCUUUCCGGCCAUGGUCUCCAGCUGUGUCAGCAAACGAGAAGGAUCUCUCAACCCACCUUCCUGCCUUGAUCCGGGACAGUUUCUACUCCUACAAGAGCUUCGAGAAUGCCGUGGCCCCCAACGUGGCACUGGCACCCCCGGCGCAGCAGAAGGUGGUGAGCAGCGCGCCCUGCGCCACGGCCGUGCCGCGCAGCACCGAGCCCAGCACCACGGCCCCGCCGCGCAGGAGGAGGCCUGCAGCCGACAGCACAGCCCUGCCCGAGGCAGCAGCCACCACAGCAGCCCCGGCCCCUGCCCCUGAGGAGGACAAGGAAUCAGAAGCUGAAAUCGAAGUAGAAACCAGGGAAGAAUUCACCUCCUCCUUAUCGUCGCUCUCCUCCCCAUCCUUCACCUCCUCCAGCUCUGCGAAGGACAUGAGCUCCCCUGGGAUGCAGGCCCCGGUGGCAGUCAGCAGCUCGUACGAGGUUCCCCCACAUUCCGACUCUCACAGCAGCGGGCUGGAAGCGGAGCUGGAGCACCUAAGACAGGCCCUGGACAGUGGCCUGGAUACAAAAGAAGCCAAAGAAAAAUUCCUUCAUGAAGUUGUUAAAAUGAGAGUGAAGCAGGAAGAGAAGCUGAACGCGGCCUUGCAAGCCAAGCGCAGUCUGCAUCAGGAGCUGGAGUUCCUACGGGUGGCAAAGAAAGAGAAACUGAGAGAAGCAACAGAGGCAAAGCGCAACUUAAGGAAAGAGAUUGAACGUCUGCGAGCUGAGAAUGAGAAGAAAAUGAAGGAAGCGAAUGAGUCUCGGAUACGACUGAAGAGGGAACUGGAACAAGCCAGGCAGAUCCGGGUGUGCGACAAGGGCUGUGAAGCCGGCAGGCUCCGCGCCAAGUACUCGGCCCAGAUUGAGGACCUGCAGGUCAAGCUCCAGCACGCAGAGGCAGACAGGGAGCAGCUCCGAGCUGACCUGAUGCAUGAAAGGGAGGCUCGGGAACACUUGGAAAAGGUAGUCAAGGAACUUCAGGAACAACUGUGGCCUAAACCAAGCAGUCAACCCCCCAGCAGUGAAAACACAGCGAGCGCCCUCGAGAACUGACCCACCCCUCCAGCCCGCCAGAGCUGCACAGUAAGAGAGGACACGUGGGGACGUGUGUAAGUGCAUGUGUGAGUAGUUGUGUCGUGGCACACAGGGCUCUGAAUAUGGAUUCGUACUAGUUGGAAGGCAAAUGUUACUCUCUCUAACUGAAGCACUGAAUGAUGCCUCUUUUUUUCCCCGAUCCAUAUAGCACAACAUCUUACUGUGCCUAGAAAACACAAAGUGUUUAUAAACAAAAUACUUUUGAGUCCACAGCAAAUUUUCUACUGGCAA